CAGUGUAGUGCGUUGAUUUCAUACCAAAGUCAUACUUCACAUUCCACUUAUACUGUCAAACCUCUGAGAAAUAUUACGGAAAACAACAACGCGCCAAAUUAGAGCAAAGUUGCCAAAUUGCGCAGUCGGUCCCACCGAGAGGAAUAAGGUGACUGGCAGAAUUUUUAAAAAGUUCCUACCUGGAUCCAACACUUCCAGCCUCGUUCCUCAGCAGGAAUCCAACAGUUGUUCCCACAGACACACACCGAGACACAACACAAAAAAGCCUUUGGAGGAAUACACAACUUCAGGGCUGCUGGGACCUCUGCAUCCUAAAGAUCUCCUACAGAUCUGUUGAUAUCGGGGCUCGGGGUCGGGCCCAGGGGGAGCCGCCACCAUUGCGUCCAACGAGUGGAGCGCCAACGGUAGCCCAGAGGAUGGGCUGGACGGGGACAACGAGGACAAGACCAUGGACGGGGACGCCGAGGGGGUGUGGAGCCCGGACAUCGAGCAGAGCUUCCAGGAGGCCCUCGCCAUCUACCCGCCGUGUGGCAGGAGGAAAAUCAUCCUGUCAGAUGAGGGGAAGAUGUACGGUCGCAAUGAAUUGAUAGCGAGGUACAUCAAGCUGAGGACGGGAAAAACCCGCACAAGAAAGCAGGUGUCUAGUCACAUACAGGUGUUAGCACGGAAGAAAGUUCGUGAAUACCAGGCAGGUAUAAAGGUUUCUAGCCACUUGCAGGUUCUCGCCCGGAGAAAAUCUCGCGAGAUCCAGUCAAAGCUAAAGGCGAUGAAUUUGGAUCAGGCGUCUAAAGACAAAGCCCUGCAGAACAUGGCAGCGCUCUCGUCUGCACAGAUCGUCUCACCGAGUAUGAUGAAGAAUCAUCUUCCGCCGCUGCCUCCUGCCCCCUACCAACAAGCCAGAUUCUGGCCGGCUCCAAUCCCAGGACAGCCUGGACCCUCUCAGGAGCUGGUUCUAGAUCUCAACCCGGGAAGGACUCCUGGGCUUGGCCGCACCAGCCAUGCCAUCAAACCUUUUGCACAGCCCCCAUACCCCAGCCUCUCAGGUCCUGUACCACCAUCCAUACCAAGCUAUGAGCCCUUGGCGCCUCCUCCUGCUCCUACUGCUACUGCAGUGCCAGUGUGGCAGGAUCGGACCAUCGCCUCCUCUAAGCUGCGGAUGCUGGAGUACUCAGCCUUCAUGGAGGUCCAGAGAGACCCGGAUAAUUACAGCAAACACCUGUUUGUCCACAUUGGACAAACCAAUCCUUCCUACAGCGAUCCGCUACUCGAGGCUGUGGACAUCCGGCAGAUCUACGACAAGUUUCCUGAGAAGAAGGGCGGGCUCAAAGAGCUUUAUGAGAAAGGCCCCCAGAAUGCUUUCUUCCUAGUAAAAUUCUGGGCUGACCUGAACAGCAGCGGGAUGCCGGAUGGCCCAGGUUCAUUCUACGGAGUCAGCAGCCAAUACGGCAGCAUUGAGAACAUGACCAUCACUGUUUCUACCAAAGUCUGCUCAUUUGGCAAGCAGGUUGUCGAGAAAGUAGAGACAGAGUAUGCCCGCAUGGAGGGAGGAAAGUGUGUUUACAGGAUCCACCGCUCUCCUAUGUGUGAAUACAUGAUCAACUUUAUCCACAAACUCAAACACUUGCCUGAAAAAUACAUGAUGAACAGUGUUCUUGAAAACUUCACUAUCUUACAGGUGGUGACGAACCGCGACACCCAGGAGACCUUGCUCUGUAUAGCAUUUGUAUUUGAGGUUUCCACGAGUGAACACGGAGCUCAGUAUCACGUCUACAGACUCGUUAAAGACUAACAGCUCUUCAGGGAGGUUUUUGGAAAAGCCAGACAAAAGCGUGACACAAUCUCUCUUCGACCAGCUCAACCAUCCAGGAAAAAUGACAAAAAAAAUCACACAUCGCUAGACCGAACUAACAUGGACACAUUUUAUGCUUUAAAAAAAAAAGUAUGCAAGGUCAAUCUCGACGUGCCAACACGCAAAGAAAUUUUGAAGAACUGCGACAACUACUAGCUACUUUUCCAUGUGUUUAAACAUGAUUUAGAUGAAGUGGGUCACUUUUGCCAUGGUGAUUUGAUGGAGCUUGAAAUGUUUUACUGAGGGAAUGAGAAUGUGUGGAAAAGACUCUCACAGUAUCCAAGGGAACACGCUCUGAACAACAAGAGAAGUGUAAAAUAUGGUUGAAAAAACACAGAGAGAACAGGACCACGGAGGGGAAAACCAGAGCCAAGGGGUGACGUUGCGGUAGGUUUGUUAGGGAAAGCAAGUGCCUUUUCUCCAAAGAUUAUAUCAUUACCUGCCACUUUGGAUUGCCUUUUUUUUUACUACCUCUUGUUUUUAAAUGAACAGAAAAUAGUCAUACAGGUGUAUUUUGUUAAAAAAAUAAUAAUUGGAAAGAAACCUCAAAGCAACAUUUUGAGGCAGAUUUUGUUUUCGGGCACACAGAGGAAUGAGAUGGGAUAACCAAUUUUCGCGUUUUACAAAAAAAAUAAUCCCAAGUUUUACAGUCCAAGUGUACGAUGAGAAGGUUAAUUGUGUCGCCAUGUUAUUAAGGUUCUGCGUUUUUUUAAAUGCAUAUUUUAUUACACAAUUUAAAAGAAUCAGGUCUUACAAGCAUCUAUCUAUAACUGACUGUUGACACUAGGGAUGUCUUGUACCUUUGCCUUACUUACGAGAUGCCCUGUUAUUUCUCUCUGUUUGAAGACGUGUGCUCAGUUGCACUUAAAAGAUCAAGAAGGGGGUGCAGCAACAGCAGUGCUUAUUUUCUGCCUUGAGGUAUGUAGCGUAAUUGAACAAAAAAAAAAAAAAGAAUUGUUUCUGUACUGUGAGUCAGCGGAUGCUAAAGGAAUACGUGUUACAUAGGAGUAUUUUUUUUUCUGGGGCGGGUGGGCUUUCUGUUCAUAUUUGUGAUCAAGUAACUCAGCACAGAGACCAUGGUUUAAAAUGGAGGGAAGUUAAUCACUGUUUCUUUUGUUUAAAAAAGAGAUUGUAUGCUGUGAAGUCGGCUCAUUUGCUUCACUCUUCUCCCUGCGACGUGUGGAGAAGCUGCAUUCAUUGAUAAAAGUUCAGUUUUGAUAUUUAAGACUUUUUUUUCCAUGACACUACACAUGAAAUAUGUUUGAAAUCAAUCUAACUAAUCAUCUUGAAUGAGAGCUAUUGUCUCUGUGCUGUGGAGUAUGACCAUUGAUUGUUAUUUAUAGGGUUGGAUAAGAAAUAGCGGGAGGGCAGGGUGGGGUACUGGAGAUGUGUUGAUAAUUUUCCAUUAUGAUGGAGAUGUUAAAAGUAUUGCAGGACCCACAUCAGAGACAGGAUUAACUGUCAUCCAGUGGGUCCUGCUAGACAAGUGUCUACUCUGUGUGGUUCACUGGACAAUUUAUGGUAUAAAAGUUCAAAUUAUUGUACGGUGGCAAAAUUGCACCUGGCUUUGAAUGUCAUUUUUCACAAGCUAGAUACAAUAACACUCCUCCUCUAGCAGGUCUCUCAGUUUAUCUUUUAUACAGACGUUUGUUUUUGCCAUUAUCAAGAUUACUGUUUUUGUUUUGAUUCUGUUGUCUUUUGACUUUCAGUGUUUGCCAUAUGCUUCACUGAAAAUAAUGUGUGAUUGUGCUGGUAUUGAUAAUUAAUAAUGAGAUAUCUAAUGUAUCAUAUUCUGAAUGGUGUGGGCAGUUUUUUUGUUUUUGGUUUUUUUUUUGGUUUAAGGUGGUUUAGUAUUGUCUUUGUUACCAUUGUGCAUUGCAAUUUUAUACUUUAAAGUAGAGGUUGGACUAUGUAAUCAACAAAUGUAUCUAACAAUAAAAGACGCAUGGUGCCUUUGGGGCCAUUUUCCCCAGAAAACUCAUUAAACAUGUUUGUAAAUUUG